AUGUCCGAGACGAUUGCUGUAAUGGAGUCCCGGUUAGAAACCGAAGGCGAAGAGGAGGAAUUGGGAAACCUGCCCGACUGUGUUUAUCAUCCCAGGAGAGCCUUGAGGACUGCCGUUCGGGAAUGGACAUCGGAGUUUUCUGUUCAGAAGGCAGCACCUGGGCUCAGUUUGAACAUAGGAGUUGCGAGUGCCAAUACAGUACCUGUGCCCAUAGCUGGCAGUGUGCAAGUGCCUGUGCCCUCGAUUGCUGUUCCUACUCAAGUCGCCCUUCCGCCAGUCAAUCCUGUACUGCCAGUUGCUAACGAGCUCACUCCUGUGGAGGUGGAUGUUGCCCAAGCUGCAGUUGUGAACACAGUUGUUUCCGUACCAAUGAUGAAUUCUCUGGCGUCGUCAGACGAAGUUCUCCUGGCUCCAUUGCCGCCUCCACCGUCGCUGGUUCCGGUCUGCAUGCCUCCUUCCUUGCCAGUACAUAACGGAAUGGAAGCGAAGGAUGAGGAGAUGGUAGACUUGAACACGACGAUGAAGGACGGAAUGACGGAAGAUGAAGUUCGGUUGCUGGUUGACGCAUUUUACUUGCCACACGAACACGGUCCGCUUGGAAUCAAGUUCUUGUCUGAGUUUCAUUGGCUGAAGACGAAUGCGAAUCUGGCGAUGGAGGCGAGGACUUGGCAAGCGUUACGUGAUCGUGGUGUUCAUGGGGCUGUGAAACCUGAAUUUUCUGAUAAAACGUGUCGAGUCGUUGGUAUGAUCGAGGCGCAAGAAUGGCUUGAACGCGCUGAAAACUUCGGAAGGAUGACCGAGCGGAUGAAUCAUUUAUUACGCAAAGUUCGAAGUAUUCCAAACAAAUCUCUCGUCCAUGCUUUGUAUCCUUACAUUUGGGACAUGCGAGGGAUUUUAUCUUUGCUGAACGCUUAUAUUAUGUGGCUUGGUACAAUCCCUUUGCCUGAAAAUUUUAUAAAUUUUGUGACCGGAGUUCAUACGUGGUUUGCCAAGGGAUGGAAGGACGCUUUCACGGGUGGGGAUCAGGAGCCGUGGGUAUUUCGCGGUGGACUCACUGGAGAUCUUCAGGUGAGAUUGAUUCCUGUCGACUCUCCAAACGAGUUAUUCGUGUACCCUGUGCCGGACUUGCCUGGAACGAAGAUCUACUCAGUUAGGCCGUAUAGAAGUAGCGACGAAGUGGGAGUGUACAAUGUUUGUCGGUUGACAUGCAGCGAUGGUCACGAAAUGCCCGAAGUGUUCAAGGAAUUCCCAGAUGUGCUCCCGGAUAAGCUGAUCGGGGGAUUUUUAGCCCUGUGUUCCGAAAUGUGUUUCGUCGCUGAAUCUGAGGACGGAGAAAUAGUGGGAUUCCUCGCCGGCGCCGCCGACUAUGACGCAUUCCGCGCGAAACUCGAGUCAUCUUGGGUACCCCGACUUCGCCAGAAGUACCCCAGGAAAAUCCCGCAGGACGUUUGCGCUCGUUAUUCCGGAGGAACAGAGUCGAUGCCGGUGGAUGACGAUGACAAGGUGAACGGGGUGGAGGAAGACUUGAUGCUUGCCCCGCUGGAGGAAAGUCUGGAGCAGUUGCACGCUGAUGACUCUUGUUGCGCACCCAAUGUGCCGAGACCCGUGUUGUCCUUGCAUCCGGCAACCGUGAGAGCUGGUGUCCUGUCUUCCGUGAUAGACAUGUCGUUGCCGAAGAAGCUCGUGACGUGUGUGAUGGCUGCGCUGAGAUCGAAUGGAGUCUUCGGUUCUUUUGCGGAGUUGGCUCGAGAAGAUGCCCGUCAGCGGGAAUUCUACCUAAAGCUCGGCUUUCAAGAAAUUCGUGGAGUGGAAUUGCCGUCAGUGCAAAAGCGAAAGGAAGGAGUCGUGAUCAUCUACACUGAAUCCAACGCUCACCUCCGAGGAACUGGUGUAGGAAAGCUGAGUUCUGCAGCCGCCAAGUCAUCCUUUCUUUAUUAUGCCGUGGAAGAGGGAUAA